AUGGAGCCAGAGACAGAAAGGACCAGGAGGCACCUCAAGAAAGGCAGGAAGAGGAGGCGGGCCCCGAACAAGCUGGUCGGGGUGGCUGAGGCUAAGACAGCCUGUAGGAAACUUAAGGAGAGGCAGCCAGAGGUCAAGAAAGCCUGCUUAUCUACCAUCUUAUUUGCUGAAAACUGUGAAGUAACCCAUGCCGGACAUGAGAUCCCUUGGCUCCAUUUUGCAGUUCUGGGCAAAUCCAGUGUUCCUAAACUCAGCUGGUGCCAGCUUUUUCACCAAAACCACCUGAACAACAUGGUGGUUUUUGUAUUGCAAGGAAUGAGUCAGCUACAUUUUUACAGGUUCUAUUUGGACUUCGGAUUUCUCCAAAAGGCAUUUAGACACAUAAAUUUUCAGAAAUUCUGCUUGUUUCCUCCAUCAUCUGAUUUUCUAGCUGAUAUCAUCGGGCUGCAAAAGAAACAAACAACUGGGAUUCUGUCCAAGUCGGUGGAAGGAUCUUUACUUUCUGCCAGUUCAAAAGUCAGCAUCAGUCUGCAGAAGGACCUGAUCAUCCAGAAGUAAGGCUCUAAGAAAGUGGGCUUGACUAGAUGCCUUCUCGCAAAGGAGAAAAUGAAAACAUUUUAUUUCCCAUUACAAGGUUUUCCUGACUAUGAAAACUUUGUACCUACCAAUUGUAAUGGUUCUGUAACAGACAACAGUCCUCUCUUUGGACUUGACUAUGAAAUGCUAAGUACUACUUCUGAUAGUACUUGGGUGUUCGCGGGGCUCCCCCGCGCGGGCCUCUACCGGGCUCCUCUGGUUCCACUGCCGCCGGUGUGCGCAAGCCGUACCCAGGCUGUUCAGUCGCCGCCGCUGCGGGCUCACACAAGCCUCUCCUCGUCCCCUCUGGCACCGUUGGCACACGUGAUCUGCUCCCGGUCCCUUCCGGCGCUGCCGUCCCCGGCACGCACUGCCACUCUCCCACUACUGGUUGGUUUUUAUUGGACUUUUUUUCUGGGUUGCGUUUUUUUAACUUCAAUGCUUUGCAAGAAAUUAGAUUAUUUUUACCACUUUAUUUUCUUCAAGAUUGCCAAAUUGAAUCUGGAGGCACUAGCUAGUCACCAGGAAUUGCAAGCAGCAGGCCCAGAGCCAAGAAAUACAGCAGAAUCAGUUUUGCAACCAAACACAAGUGUUUUAGAGUGCUUAGACUACAGUCAGAAUCUCCUUUUCUUGAUCUGGGACGCAGAUGCUAGUGAACUUUCUUCUUCGAGAAACUGUCAAACUAUUAAGUGCCUUUCAAAUAAAGAGGUUCUUGACAAGGCCUGAGUGAAAAUUCCGUUUCCCUUCAGCAUUGUCCAGUUCUCUUUUGGACUCUUUUCACCCACCCUCACUGAGAAGAUAAAGAAAAGGAUGAGGAUCAAGUGGGCGGAGAUGUCAACUGUCUAUGUUGGGCCAUUUAGCAAAAAUUGCAACCUCAGGCUCUUGAAGAGGCUGUUUAAGAACUUUGGCCCAGUCCAGUCAAUGACUCUUGUUCUUGAAACCAUUCAGCCACAUCUCUGUAUACAGUUUGAAGUCCUGGAAGCUGCCCAGCUGGCCAUAGAGUCCAUGGAUGGCAUUCUAGUAGAAGGUGCCUGCAUCAAGGUGCAGAGGCCUGUGACAGAGCUCACUUGUGACACUCUUUUGAAUGAGCUGGAACAAGAUUCCGAGAAUCAAGGUACUAUAUACCUGUCUGGAGUGAGCAAAAACUUCAGAGAACACCUGCUGCAGCAGUCCACCCUCAUCUGUGGCCUGGAGGCUGUGAUCUUGCCUAAAGAUCUUGAAAGUGGAAAGCAGAAAAAAUACUGUUUCCUGAAAUUCAAAACUUUCAGUGCCUAGAGGGCCCUCAACAUUCUCAUAGGCAAGGACUGGAAGCUGAAAGGCAGGCAUGCCCUGACCCCCAGGCACCUCUGCACAUGGCUCAGGGACUUACCAAGAAGGCCCCCAGGGGUUCGUGUCAUACCUCCCUCCUGGGAGCAGCUAGCCUUCCAGACUCUGAAGGUGGACCACCCAAAGGUAGUAGCCUGGCGCUGGGGUCGGAAGAUAGAAAAGCUCUACCACAGCCUGUGCCCAGGGACCCUCUGCCUCAUCCUGCUGCCAGGAACCAAGAGCAUUCAUGGAUCACCACCCUCUGGCCUAGGACUGAUGGGAAUAAAAGAGGAUAGUGCCACCCCAAACCUGUGUUUGAGUCGGCCUGCCACUUUCAUGUGCCAUUUCUUAUCCCUCUGUGCAAUGGCAGAAAAUGUGGUUAGGCUGCCAGGCCUCUCUAUCCAGCAGACAGGUGGAAAUGGUGUACCAGCUAGAGUCUAGUCCAUUUAUAUGGCACAUACAAAAUUUCAAUAAAUGCUUAAAAUUCAAGCUUUCCUCAUCUUAAGACAGGAUCAGAGGAGGAAACCACAGUUUGUACUUUCUUUGUGUCAGUGGGUUUAUACUCAGGCACAUGGCAGGUGCUCAUUCCAUGUAGCACUCCUAUUAAAUGGUGUAAUACACAGGUAAGGAAAUCAGGAGGAGUGACUUCUUCCCCUAGGUGUACUGCCAACCAGCCAUUGUGCAGUGUGUAAAAACUAUUUAAUCUGAAGCAAAUUUCUGUUAAGGCAAACUUUUCUCAAUGACAGCUAUUAUAAAACUGAAGGAAAAAGAUAGGCUAAAGUGAAAAUCUGGCAGGUCCACCAGAGGACUGGAAGACUCAGUUUUUUCCCAACACUCCAGUAUAUUUUGUUUGUCUUAAUCAGCAUAAAAUGCUUUAAUAAUUAGAAAGGUACUUAAAAGUAACCCUCAAAAGUUUGGGCAUUUGAGGCAGUGUUUAAUCCUUUAAGUGUAACUGCUUUAAGAUCUGGCCCUAUGUGAAAGCUGGGAACCAGGAGCUAGAACCAAAGGGCUUAGCUUGGGAUUGAGACACUGCAAGUCCCCCUUCCCGUUCCAUUCUUAGAAAUGGUUCCUUUCCUUCAGUGAGACUGCAGUACCACCUUUCACCAGUAGGUGCCUCCAUCACACUAGAUCGCCCCCUCAGAACUAGAAGCUUGAAUUUCAAAAAAAUCCAGUGCUGUUUUUUUUUUUUUUUUAUCAGCUCUCAAACUGUAUAUUCCAUGUUGAAAAGGACCCGGGCACACACAAUCCCAAAACUGAUAUAUAUUAGCUGCCCUCAAGAAAAGAUGAACUAAUCUGGCAGUGUGUAUUGCACCAAAAAACCUUUUAAAUAGCUCUAUACUCUGGCACCCAGCAAUUCUACUUCUAAAAUAUUUUACAGUAACAGGAUAGUUUCACAAAAACAUGUGUUGAAUAGGUAUCACAUGGUUAGUACAAUGGAAUUCUAGCUAG